AUGACAUUCACAAGAAAUUUUACCAGACCCAGUUCCCUCUUCAAUUCUCACACUGUGAGAUUGGAAACUUUUCAUUCUAGCAUCAAACAUAACGGUUCUAGGCAUUCAAUCUCAAUGGGACCCCUGAUCAAAUGUUCUGAAGUAUCAAUUGUACCGUCUGACAAUCAGUUCACCCAACUGGGCUCCAACUUCAUAUUCACGUGCAUCAUCUCUGAUAAACUCGUCAAAGAUCAUUACCAUCAUCAUCACCGCGAUGACGACGACGACGAUGACGUCAGAGGGUGGCCGACUAUGAGGUGGAAAGACCCAAACCAGGCGGUCGUUGGGGAAAAAGUUGAUAGAGUGUACAGCGAGCGUAUAGAUAGGCAGAAGAACAAGUUGUACGUGAUGAACGUCAGCCGGGAAGACGAGGGUUCGUACAUGUGUGAGGUCAAGGUCGACAACGGAAUGAUGCUCCUCGAUUCCAACAAGCUCUACAUUUAUUCGGAAAUAGAAUUAAAAGGUCCUGAUUUCCCGCCAAAAAUUAUGAGGGGGCACUCGGAGUUGUUGAGGUGUGAGGCCGGUGACCGCCGAAAGUACGAGAAGUUGAGCGGUGGCUUGCGGCUGAACGACGCUCAGCCAAGCGACGCCGGCACUUAUGAAUGCAUAGCCCACAACGUCAACAGAGGAACUUUUAAUCGAUCAAGAUUUCUGUAUGCGCCGGUCUUGGGGCACGCGCCCUCCUCCAUCCGGGUGGUGAAGGAGACUGACGCCAUCUUGAAUUGUAGCGCCUCAUCCUACCCCCCACCAAUCUACCAGUGGUUCAAGGGCGAUCCCCACCGCGGCAAACUCCUACACAAGAGUAACACCACAGGUUCUUACGUCAUCAGGAAAGUAGGUUACGAUGACGAGGGCCGCUAUACCUGCCUGGUGACCAAUCAGUACGGCCGAAAUGAGGUCACCACCGAUCUACACGUCGCUGUUCCUCCAAAAGUAAAAUUAAGCAGACCACGUGAUCCAGUUUUGAUUGGGGAGAGGGUGAUGUUACUCUGUGAGGCCUCCAGCACCCCGAUGGCCAGCCUGAGUUGGACAUGGACGUACGCGCAAUAUAAAAGAAAUAUCACGGCCCAUUUAAGUCCAACGAAGGAAAAUGGCGCCAUGAGUGUGAGAGGGAGAGUUAGCGAACCGACUCGAAAUGACGUCAUCAUAAGAACGGACGCCAGCGGAAUGAGUAGGCUACUGAUUGAAAGUGUGGCGAAGGAACACGGUGGCUACUACACGUGCGUCGCUACAAAUAUGGCAGGGACUGAUGAGAUGAGUGUGCAUGUUGUUGUGCAAUAUCCGGCCAUUAUAACAGGGAGUCAGAAUCCGGUUCAGUAUGCAUGGUUAGGACAAAAACGUAAGUUCAGUUGUCAAGCUGUCGGCUUUCCACUUCCGUCUGUACUGUGGUUCAAAGUCGUACCGUCGGUCCCUAGAAACAUCUUGGUGGUGAACACGACGAUCAACUCGUUCACCCUGCAAACAACUUCAAACUAUUCAAAUUCACUCGCCAGUCCGUCCAUACCACCAAUCACGUCAUGGGUUGUUAAGUAUAGAAAAUUGUUGACGUCAUCAUCGUCAUCGUCGUCUGAUAAAGAUUUCAUCAUUCAUUCAUUUGCCAACAGCAACCAUCUAGAGAUAACGAACCUGGAAUCGAACUGUAGCUACUUGGUCCUCGUCUCGGCUUGCAACGUCGUUGGCCAGAGCGGUCUAGUAAAAUUUCACGUCAACACGAAGCCCCAGCCACUACCACCAGCUUCUGGUGGUCGUCGUGGCGGGAAAGAUGGCAAUGAAGAGAAGGGAGAUGAUGGAGUAAAAUCUGAUGAAGAUACGGGCAAUGUUUGA